CCACUAACAGCUACUUAAUCUACUACGUCGAACCCACUCAAGUGAGUUGGUGACCUAAUAAUUUGAAUCUUCAACAGGACCAGUUGAAGUCUCCAGGUGUGUGGCUAAGUGGAAUUAUGGCACAAAUAUAUCUCAGUAUGGUGUUCAGAUGGAAAUAUUCAUCCAUCAACUCGAUUUGUAUGGAAAUUUAGUGCCAGAUCUAUACCCAUUUGAUGCAGAUAUUGUUGAGAAGAGUACCAAAUUAUCUAUUCCUGUACCAGAUCUUUACUUCAUAAUGGACUCCCUAGGGGUCCAGUUACUUUCAUUUAGUGCAGUGGAACCAGGAAACUUUCUACUCACAAUAUAUGACGAAAAGCAUAACAAAAGCAUCUCUAAUAUGCCAUAUGAGUUUUCUGUUUCCAACGAUAAUUGCGAUGCCAUAAAUAGCGUCAUCAACGGAACUGGUUUGAACCCUUCAGCUGCUGGACAAGAAGCUAGGUUUUCAGUUUAUCUAAAAGAUUCAUAUCAAUUUCCCUGUCAGGUAGAGAUGAGAAUGCUUCAAGUACAUAUUACAAUGGUCACAGACUCAUCUAUGGUGUUGCCUAUAAUUUAUCCUCUCGAGGGAUUAGUUGGUAGUAGGUCUCUGCCGCAGUCACCAUUGGAUGUUGUUUCUCCUAGCCCAUCAGUUGAUCACAGUAACAGUUCUUUAGGCACUGAUCUAGUUGUGGCUCAUGCAUAUGAUGUAAUAUAUACACCUGAAAAAAGUGGGUCUUAUGAAAUUCUUGUUUUGUGCGGAAAUAUUCCAUUGAAGGGAGGUGAACCUUUGAAAAAGGAAGUGAAAGCAGGUGAGGUUAAUAUGUCAAUGUCAGGCGUAGUGAAGUAUGGACCCAAAACAGAAAAAAUAGUGAAGAAUGAGGUUAUUGUUCAACUUUUGGAUUCAUUUUCGAAUCCAGUUUUAUCCCAGGGGUCAAAUCUGAAACUGGAGAUGGGUUCCAUAAACAACUCUAAUUUCAUGACCGGGAUGUUUGAGGACAACAACAAUGGGACGUACACGGUUCAAUAUCAGGUUAAUGACACCGGAACCUAUGAGUUAUGUGUAUCAUUCAAGGGCGAGGAGUUCUUUCCUUGUCCAUUUGGGGUCAAUGUAUACAAUAGUGAAUAUUUUCCUAGAGCUCAUGAUGAUAUGAUAUCUGUAUGGGAGGAUCAAUCCAUUACUGUCAAUACUGUUGAAAAUGAUUACUUUGCUGGUCAAAACACUACAAUCAUUGGAUUUUCUGAUCCGCAUUCUGGUUCAGUGCUGCAAAAAGGAAAACUUUUCAGAUAUACACCUUACAAAGGAUUUUAUGGAAAUGAUUCUUUCUCAUACACAAUAUGUGACUCAAAUGGAAAUACUGCUACUGCUUCAGUAUAUAUUGCUGUACUUAGCAUCCCGCCGCAGCUUUUAACACUGCCUACUUCACUGAUGGCAAGUGAAGAUGUCAUGUGUCCCAAGUUUGGCGGAUUCCAUGGUAUCGAGAUUUUAUAUCCUGAUUCAAUGGAGAACAUCUCUGUAACUCUAAGUGCAAACAAUGGGACAAUUUCCCUUUCCUCAAUGAUGAUGCAAUUUUGGGAACCAAUUUGGAGCAGUUUUUCUGUUCAUAAGGAUGGUAAAGAAGAUAAGGAAUUGACCUUGUCAGGCCAUGUGGAAGUAAUCAAUAUGGUUCUUCAAUCAAUUCAAUAUCUUGGAGAUGAAAACUUCUAUGGAGAUGACAUUAUAAAAGUCUCUGCAAGGAACAAAAAUGGAGCUACGGAUUUGAAUAUCACAAUUUUUGUUGAACCUGUCAAUGAUCCUCCUUUUAUUCUCACCCCCAAAUACAUCGUUGUGGAGGAAAAUGAAGUGGGUGGAUCGCUAAUUUUCGAGAAGAAGAGGAACGAGUUUGAGUUCUUAAUUGGAGACCCAGAUUUGCUUCACUUCGCGGGUAACAAAUCCGAUUUUCUGGUUAUCUUAUCUAUCGAAGUGAGCUCGGGAAUUUUAGAAGCUACUGUUCUGGCUGAGCUUAUCAAUACCACAGAGCUCAAGAUAAUUAAUAGUAACCAAUGGCAGCCACUUCAGACUUUUGUCUCCAUAUCACAUCAUAUUGUGAUUAAGGCAAGAGGUUUGAGAUUUCAGGCAACAGUUGAUGAUUGCAAUAACAUAGUCACACAAUUGAAAUAUCAUGCUACAGAGUAUGCUGCUGUACUAACAAUGGUGAUAAAUGACAUGGGAAACUACGGUUGUUUUCCUGAUUGUACAGAAAAUGUAUCAAAGCCUCUUCUUGCCGAGGUUAUUGUUAAUCUUAUCAAAAGAAGGCCAAUGAAUCCUGGUGCAGCAUAUGCACUUGGAUCCAUGAUCAUUCUGGAAUUUCUAGGGCUGCUCUCAUUUGGGACAGUAUUGCUAUUUUACACCUGUAGAUGUGCAAUUUCCUUAAUAAAGGAACGGAGAAACCCUCAUACCAAGAAAAAUGCUGCACAUGGCAUGAAAACUUCUGGUGAAGAAAAGGACAAGCUAGCAGAGAAAGAGCCUGUUGCUGCUGAAGGUUGCUCCAGUCUAGUCCUGUCCAGAGAUGGGCCAUCUAAUUUCCGCCAGCGGUCAUGGAAUCGGAUUAUAGAUGGAGCUUCCACAGAAGAUGGCAACAAGAGUUGCCUUGACGAACAAAAAACUUAAGCCCGCUCUCCAUCGAGAAAUGUCAGAGUGCAAAGUGAGUUACAGAAAAAAAUAAAAAUGUAAGUGUAUUUUGUUGGUCUUACCCCAACUCCAGUAGCCUGUAAGAUUGAUCAAAACAUUGCACUGCAGCUUGUAUUGUUAAUAACAAUAUAUAGCGUUUAUACAUAUUCAAAAUAGAAGAGAACUACUUCAAGUCUUUAUUCCAGAUUACUGUAACAUGAUUCACUAAUGUCCUUGCGAAUCGCGAAUCAACAAAAGCGAAUUAUGGUCGG